AUAUCUUAGAAUGCUCUAUCUUCAAAGGGAGACAAAUGUGGUUGUAAAGCUAAAUUUGUCAUGACUUUGUAUUUUUCUGUAAACAUAUGCUUAAUUUUAGAUUAAUUGUACCAAUAUUUAGCAGGUUUCUUGGCAAAAGUAAUCUAGGAAACAAUAGUUCAUCACACAGAUACACUUCUACAAUGGCAAGCCAAUAUAUAAAGAGUAAAAUCAACUCAGAUGCCAUCUUGAAAUCUGCUGAAGAUAAAAGGACAUAUGAAGGAUUAGAACUAAACAAUGGGAUGAAAGUUUUAUUGAUCAGUGAUCCUGAAACAGACAAAGCUUCAGGGGCUAUGGAUGUCAAUAUUGGACACAUGAAAGAUCCAGUAGACUUGCCUGGGUUGGCACAUUUUUGUGAGCACAUGCUGUUUUUGGGAACUAAAAAGUAUGAACAGGAGAAUGAAUACAGUAAGUUCCUUAGUGAACAUGGAGGAAGUUCUAAUGCCUACACUUCAGGAGAACAUACCAACUUUUAUUUUGACAUAUCACCAGAACAUUUACCUGGAGCUUUAGACAGGUUUUCACAGUUCUUUCUGUGCCCUUUGUUUACGGAGACUGCAACAGACAGGGAGGUUAAUGCAGUCAACUCUGAAAAUGAUAAAAAUUUACAGAGUGAUCCUUGGAGAAUUCACCAGUUAGAGAAAACCCUGACAGAUCCUUCACAUGAUUAUUCUAAAUUUGGAACAGGUAAUAAGGACACUCUUGACACCAUUCCAAAAUCUAAUGGUGUAAAUGUACGGGAUGCUUUGCUGAAAUUUCAUGAUGGAUAUUAUUCCUCAAAUAUCAUGGGACUUUGUGUACUUGGAAAAGAAUCAAUUGAAGAAUUAACAGAAAUGGUAGUUCCCCUGAUAGCUAAUGUAGAAAACAUGAACGUUGUUGUUCCUGAAUGGAAGGAUCAUCCAGUCGGUCCAGCACAAAUGAAGAAAAUAGCCUAUACAGUUCCAGUGAAAGAUGUAAGGAAUCUCUCCAUGUCAUGGCCUAUCAUGGAUCUACAUCCUUAUUUUAAAUGUAAUCCAGGUCAUUAUCUAGGGCAUUUAGUAGGCCAUGAAGGAAAAGGAAGUCUGUUGUCUGAACUUAAAAACAGAGGUUGGGUAAAUACCUUAUGUGGAGGUCAGUCACCAGGAGCCAAAGGAUUUAUGUUCUUUAAGGUUGAUGUUGAUCUAACUGAAGAAGGACAAGAACAUAUUGAUGACAUCAUAACUUUGACAUAUCAGUACUUUAACAUGUUGAAAAGAGAAGGCCCUAAACAAUGGAUAUUUGAUGAAUGUAAGGAUUUGAGUGCAAUGACAUUUAGAUUCAAAGGAAAGGAAAAGCCAAGAAACUACACAACACAAGUUGCUGGCCUUAUACAUAAAUACAGUUUAUCUGAAGUGUUAAGUGGACCAUACUUAAUGUCAGAAUUCCAACCUGAUUUGGUCACAAUGGUAUUGGACAAACUUCAGCCUGAUAGAAUGAGGAUCUUUGUAGUAAGUAAGAAGUUUGAAGAUAAAACUAACAUCAAAGAAAAAUGGUAUGGUACAGAUUAUAGUGUUGAAGACAUCCAAGACUCUAAAAUACAGAUGUGGAGUAAAUGUGGAGAAAAUGAGAACUUAACAUUACCAGAAAAGAAUGAUUUUAUACCAACAGAUUUUGAAUUGGUACCGAGGGAAGUUGAUCCAGCUGCAUUACCAGAACUUAUAAAAGACAGUGCUAUGACACAACUUUGGUUUAAACAAGACGAUACUUAUCUAUUACCUAAAGCCUGUAUUAAUUUUGAAUUAAUAAGUUCUUUAGGUCGAUCAGAUCCAGUCAACUGUAACCUGAUGUAUUUGUUUGUAUCCCUGUUUAAAGAUGCUUUAAAUGAAUAUGCUUACGAUGCUGAGUUAGCAGGUCUACAUUACGGCUUAGAAUGUACCAUAUAUGGAAUGUCCUUUGCUAUCGGAGGAUAUAACCAGAAACAGAAAGUUUUAUUGGCCAAGAUAUUGGAGAAAAUGACAACUUUCAAAGUGGAUCCAAAAAGAUUUGAAAUUUAUAAAGAGAUGUAUACUAGAAGCCUUAAGAACUUCAGUGCAGAACAGCCCCAUCAACAUGCUAUAUACUACACAUCAGUACUGAUGUCAGAAUUUAUGUGGACCAAAGAUGAAUUACUUCAAUGUGUUGAUGAGAUGACUGUAGAGAAAUUAGAUGCCUUUAUACCUCAGUUAUUAUCCAAAUUAUAUAUAGAAGGACUUAUAUAUGGAAAUGUAACAAAGCAGAUAGCCUUGGAUAUUGUUGACACAGUGGAAUCUAUACUAACAACAAAAUGUAAUACCAAGCCAUUAUUACCUAGUCAGACAAAAAGACUAAGAGAGUUACAACUACCUGAUGGUUCAUCAUUUGUUUAUCAUGAGAAGAAUCAUGUGCACAAAAGUUCUAGUAUAGAGGUUUACUAUCAAUGUGGAUUACAACAGACACAGCCCAACAUGUUACUGGAAAUGUUUGUACAGAUUAUAGCAGAACCCUGUUUUGAUAUCCUCAGAACAAAGGAACAGUUAGGUUAUAUUGUGUUCAGUGGAGUGAGAAGGUCUAAUGGUGUACAAGGACUAAGGGUUAUUAUACAGUCUGAUAGAUCUCCAGAAUAUGUAGAGAAAAGAGUAGAAGCAUUCCUAAAUAGUAUGGAUGACUAUAUCAAAGAUAUGACAGAUGAAGCAUUCCAGAAACAUUUGAAGGCUCUGGUGUCCAAACGUAUGGAAAAACCUAAAAAGAUAUCAGGACAAAAUUCACGAUACUGGUCAGAAAUAUUAUCUCAACAGUAUAACUUUGACAGAGAAACUGUUGAAGUUGAAUUUCUGAAAACUGUGAAGAAAGAAGAUGUCUUUAGUUUUUUCAAAGAUAGAAUAGCUGUUGGUGCUCCAUAUAGGAAGAAGUUUUCUAUUCAUGUUGUUUCCUCUGUAAAUGGAGAGAAGGAAUUAACAGAAACAAAUGGAGAAAAACAAACAACAGAAACUACUGAUGAUGGAAACAAUCUGCUGCCUUCUCCAGAACUACCUCUGCCUAUGGUUGUUACCAGUGUAGCAGAGUUCAAAAGAGACAUGGGACUUUAUCCAUUACCAAGGCCUUAUAUAGACCUACAGAAAGCUAGAUCUAAAUUAUGAUAACACUGUAUCGAUAGGAAGAAAAACUGUGAUGAAAUUAAAAGACUGAAUGAAACAUACUUUAUGAUUCAACUGUAGUUGAAUUUGAAAAUGGCUUUUGAUGGAAUUUUAGCUUCCUUUUAUUUUUCUGUUAAAAAUUAUUAACAAACUCUGUAAUAUAUUUUAUUUUCCAAAUCAAUUAAUUAAAUGCUUUCAUAAUUUCUUUUUUUGAAUUACUAUGUAUGAAGUAUUUCAUAUUUCAAUGAAAAAUGCAUGUUUUAUGAUUAAAUUUAUGCAAACAAAAAAAAGUGCUAUUAAAUAAAUUCCUUAGAAUCAUCAGACAUUUUGUAAUUUUGUAACGGAGGUAGAAUUCACAAAAUCUGAAUAAUGUAUGCAAAGAUUUUUUUUUUUAUUAUUCAAAAAUUAAAUAACUGAAGUUUAUACUACAGAGUACAGAUUCAUAAAAUAUUCUUGACAUCUGGUAGAAUUGAUAUGACACAUAAAGACCAAUAUCACAAUAUUCAACUAUUGCAAUGCAAUUGAGGAAACUAAGAAGUUUUUUUUUUUGUUGUUGUCAUUUUUCUAUGUUUUUUGCAUACUGGUAAAUGUUGAUGUAAUUUUUAGAAGUUUUUAAGUUAUUUUUCUUAUUGGGAAAAAUAUGUCCUGUUUGUUAUGGCAUUAAUAAGAAAUUGUAUUUGUAUUUCUUACUGCAUUAAUUGAUUUCAGCAUUUCUUCAAAUUGCACAAUGCAUCUGCUCAUCGGUCUCUGGGGAUCGACAUUGGUUAAAACAGUUGAUAUAGCUGUAUAAUUUAUGUAUAUCCCUCACUCUUUAAUACUUGUACAAAAUAAUUUUGGAAUUCACAGUAUAUUUGUAUACCGCUAUGCUAGAUUUCUUAUUAUGCUCAAUAUGAAAUAGUAUUUUUAAACACAUACUUAAUUACAACUUUAUAAUUUGUCUGCGUUUAAAGUGUUUUAUUCUGCCCAUGUAUGGUUGGACAAAAUCUGUUUUAUAGCACCAAGAAGUGAUAAGUUUGUAAGUACCCAGAACAGACUAUUAUAUGAACUGAUUAUCACUUCUAAAGAUGGUACCAACAAGGUUCAGAGGGAUGCCUAGAACUGCUAGUUAGUCAUUUACCAGUAAUAAAAGCAUCUAGUUAUCAAAUGAGUUCAUCUAAACUUCUGUCAAGAAAAACUGUUUACAGUAAUCAAGUAAUAUGUCAAUAACAAAAUGGCUGACCAAUAUCAGAAAUUGUUGAAGGAUUGAGGGGGAUAUUUUAUGAUUUCUAGUCUGUCAUUCGGUCUGUUUAUCCAAUGUGUUUAAAUUUGUGGCUUUAGGUGAUUGCAGACAUGCAGACAUUGUGUUUUAAUGAUUUAAUUUAAAAUAGAAUGACACUCAAUGUAUGUUGUGUGCAGUAAAUAUUUUAUACAAUCAUAAAUUGAAAAUAAGCAAAAGUGUUCCUUCAUAAAUGGAAAAAAUAUGUAUUCAUAUUGUUGAGUUUAUGUCUGGUAUACAUAAAUGUAGUAAAAUAACUUGCAGUUUAAUAUUGUUGACUUUUCACAUACUGAAUUUUUAUAAUUCAAGGGGUACAAUCAAAAUCAUGUGAUGGAUAUACACACACCCGAAGUAACAGUUGAGCAGACCGCUUGAAAGGUAAGUAGUAGUAUUUACUUGUUUAUAUCAAUAAAAUUUAAUAAAUAAAGUAGUGCACCGAAUGUCGGAUACUAUCUAGAUUUGAAAUACACAAUUAUUCUUGCUGAAAAAAGUGCAGUUAAUGCUAACACUUCUACACAGUUAUCCGUCUAAAAUUUGGAACUGUGUCGAAGUGUUUGCAAUAACUGCACCCUUUCUAGCAAAAACAAGUGUAUUUUAAAACUACUUACUAUCCAACAUUCGGUGUGCCAACUUAUUAAUCAAAAUUUAAUUGAUAUUAACAAGAAAAUGCAACUACUAACCUUUCAAGCGGCGAGUUCGACUGAAACUUACGGUGUGUGUAUAUCCAUCACGUGAUUUUGAUUGCACCCCUUGUAAUUGGGCAUUAUAAAUAUCAGUGAUA